AUGGCGCCUGUAAUAAAAUGGGUGUUUGUACUUGUAUUUGCGACUUUCGCAUCCGUAACACUCUUAACAGUUAUAAACAAUCAUAUGAAGGAAUUGGAAUGGAUUCCAGAAGACGAAAAGCUUACAGAAACUACAUCAGCAAGUUUUUUAAUGAUAAAUUCAAGUAUAGUAGCUAAACUGCGGAAAACUACAGAUCGCUUAUCACCGUUCGUUCGCCCGCAGCAAUACUUCAUUAAUUUGUACCCAAAUCUUCAAGAAGGUUCAUUUACUGGUUCUGUCAAUAUAACAAUAAUAUUGGAUACUCCUCAAAGUUACAUUAAGCUACAUUCAAAAGGAUUGGAUAUCAAAGAAACUAAACUCAAUUCCAGUUCUGUAACAGCGUUUCCCCUUCUAGCACUUGAUUGUUGGGUUGUGGUACCUAAUGAAGAACUAAGUGCUGGGGAAUACAAUUUACAAAUAUCAUUUGAAGGUAGUUUAUUAGACAAAGUAGUAGGAUUUUAUCAAAGCGUUUAUGAAGAUUCAACAAGCAAUGAACAACAUUAUAUGGCCACUUCAAAAUUGGAACCAACAUAUGCGAGGUUAGCAUUCCCAUGUUUCGAUGAGCCUCAGCUGAAAUCAAAAUUUAAAAUUAGUUUAACUCGACCAUCUGGUAAUAACUACAUAGCAUUAUCCAACAUGAACCAAGAGUCUGAAGAGAUCAAUGUCCCUGCAAAUGGAUUUACAACUGUCCAUUUUGCUAACACUGUCCCAAUGUCUACGUAUCUUGUUUGUUUUAUCGUAUGCGAUUAUCAAUCACUUGAACCUGUAAAAGCAGAUCAGGGAUUUCCUUUAACAGUUUAUGCCAAAAAUGGUCAAACUGAAAAUAUGAAAUAUGCUCAACAUGUAGGUCUCAAGACAAUGAAUUAUUAUUUAAAUUAUUUCGGCAUUCAAUACCCAUUACCAAAAUUAGAUCUGAUACCAAUCGAAGAUUUUAAUGAUGGAGCAAUGGAAAAUUGGGGUCUUGUGACAUUUCAAGAAACGAGAGUUUUGUAUAAUGAAAGUAAUAGUUCUAUUGAUGACCAAGAGAGAAUCGCUCAUAUUGUUACUCAUGAAUUAGCUCAUAUGUGGUUUGGAAAUCUUGUAACUAUGAAAUGGUGGAACGACAUAUGGCUUAACGAAGGGUUUGCGUCUUAUAUGAAAUAUAAAGCUACUCAAGUUGUCCACCCUGAUUGGGAUAUUGACACAUCAUUUCCAAUUCAUAAUCUCCAACCUGUACAAUAUGUAGAUGGCAAACUUAGUUCUCAUGCUAUGGUGCAGAACGUUUCUCAUCCAAAUCAAAUAAAUGGCAUGUUUGAUAGUAUAUCAUAUUCUAAAGGUUCUACUGUAUUACAAAUGUUAGAAAGUCUGUUGGGUGAAGAAGUAUUCAGGAUUGGAGUGACCGCAUAUUUAAAACGUUUUGCAUUUAACAACGCUGAAACUGAUGAUUUAUGGACAGAAUUACAGACAGUGACUCAAAAUACAGUCAAUGUUAAAAAGAUUAUGGAUACAUGGACACGGCAAGCAGGGUUCCCAGUAGUAUCGGCUAUACGGAAUGGAACUAAACUUACGCUAAAGCAGCAAAGAUUUUUGUCCAACCCAAAUACUAAUUUAUCAAAUGCCUCAUCUCCAUAUAAUUACAAAUGGGAAAUACCAAUCACUUAUACCACUUCAAACAAUAAUACUAUACAUAAGUUUUUGUUAAGCAAAGACGUGGUUUCAAUUACGAUUGACAUACCUGAUGCUGAAUGGAUAAAACUAAAUCACAGACAAGUUGGAUAUUACAUCAUAAACUAUUCAGAGAGUGAUUGGGGUUUACUAAACAAUUUAUUAAAAAAUAAUUUUGAUGUAUUAAGUGUGGCUGACCGUUCAAAUCUUUUACACGAUUCCUUUAUUUUGGCAAAUUCUAAUUACUUACCUUAUGACAUUUCGUUAAACAUGACAAAAUAUUUAUCUUUGGAACAUCAUUAUGUUCCUUGGCAUGUAGUUGCUACAAACUUACAGACAUUAAGUGAACAUUUGUAUCAACGCCCGGCACAUAAAAACCUUGAGAAAUAUGUACAACACUUAUUGGGAAGCAUAAAAGAAAAUAUUUGGAAUGAUUCAAGUUAUAAAAACUUCAUACAACGUAAGCUUCGAGCAGUUAUUAUCAAAUUAGGAUGUGCAUAUGGUUUACCAAGCUACCUAAAAAAAGUUUAUGAAUUAUUUAAACGAUUUGUGAAUGACAAAAUCAAACCUCAUCCUGAUAUUAGAGAUACAGUUUAUUACUAUGGAAUGUCUCAGGGCAAUGAUAUUGAAUUUAACAAAUUGUGGAACAUAUCCUUAAAUGAAAAAGAACCAAAGGAAAGAGGAAGCCUUAUAAAUGCAUUAACUGCCUCAAAAGAAACAUCAAUAUUAACCAAACUAUUGAAACUUGCAGAACAUGAUAGCCAUAUUAGUUCCCGAGAAUAUUUAAGAAUCAUAAUACUGAUAAACCGUCAUCAUUUUGGAACUCAAUUUGUAUGGGACUUUUUGAGGGAGAAUUGGCAGGACUUGGUUGAUCGUUUUUCUCUUUGUGAUGGGCAACUUGGAACUCUCAUUCCUUCAGUUUGUUCUCAUUUCAAUACACAAGAACGUAUCAGAGAAAUGAACAUAUUUUUUGAUCAAUAUCCAGAAGCUGCAGUUGGAAAUAAUAUACGAAAAACUACGCUGGAUGUUGUAUCUAAUAAUAUUAAAUGGUUAGAAAAACACGAAGCUGUUAUUAGUAAUUGGUUGAUAAAUUCCAUCUAA